AUGUCCCCUGACUGCGCGCAGGCCGAGGGCGCCGGGCCCCCGCGCAUCCUGGAGCGGGACAACCGAACCCGCUUCUCCUUCUUCUCCGAGGUCAAGGGCGACCACCGGCUGGUGCUGAGCUCCGUGGAGACCGUCGUGCUGGCGCUCAUCUUUGCGGUGUCGCUGCUGGGCAAUGUGGGCGCCCUGGUGCUGGUGGCGCGCCGACGGCGCCGCGGCGCCACCGCCUGCCUGGUGCUCAACCUUUUCUGCGCCGACCUGCUCUUCACCAGCGCCAUCCCGCUCGUGCUGGCCGUGCGCUGGACCGAGGCCUGGCUGCUGGGCCCGGCCGCCUGCCACCUGCUCUUCUACGUGAUGAGCCUGAGCGGCAGCGUCACCAUCCUCACGCUGGCGGCCGUCAGCCUGGAGCGCGUGGAAAUUCUGAUUUGCACACUGGUUUGGCCCAGCAUUGCCGGAGAAAUCUCCUGGGAUGUUUCAUUUGUUACUCUGAACUUCUUGGUGCCAGGACUGCUCAUUGUGAUCAGUUACUCCAAAAUUUUACAGAUCACCAAGGCGUCCCGGAGGAGGCUGACGGUGAGCCUGGCCUACUCGGAGAGCCACCAGGUCCGCGUGUCCCAGCAGGACUUCCGACUCUUCCGCACCCUCUUCCUGCUCAUGAUCUCCUUCUUCAUCAUGUGGAGCCCCAUCAUCAUCACCAUCCUGCUCAUCCUGAUCCAGAGCUUCAAGCAGGACCUGGUCAUCUGGCCGUCCCUCUUCUUCUGGGUGGUGGCCUUCACCUUCGCCAACUCGGCCCUGAACCCCAUUCUCUACAACAUGUCCCUGUUCAGGAAUGAAUGGAGGAAAAUUUUUCGCCGCGUCUUCUUCCAGGACAAGGGAGCCAUGUUCACAGACACGUCUCUCCGAAGAAACGACCUGUCUGUCAUCUCCACGUGA